AUGAAUCCUCAACCUGCUGCGGUGCUGGAAUUUCUUCAUAUCUGUGAGAAUUUGAAGAGAACGAAAAGAACGGGAUGGAUAAACCGGAACGUCAAUUUCCCAGAGAGCAUCUCUGACCACAUGCAUAGAAUGGCAAUCAUUGCUUUGCUUCUCAAUGACCCAAGUAUAGACAAGGAUCGAUGUGUAAAAAUGGCAGUAGUUCAUGACCUUGCCGAAAGUAUUGUAGGCGAUAUUACACCACAGGACGGCGUACCGAAAGAAGAAAAAUCACGACGGGAACAGGAAGCUAUGCACAAGUUGUGUAAGGAAAUUCUCGGCGAAACACCUCAAUCGCAAGAAAUUUACGAUCUCUGGAUAGAAUAUGAAAAGGCAGAAACGAGAGAAGCCCUAUUUGUAAAAGAUAUAGAUAAGUUCGAGAUGAUCGUGCAAGCUUACGAGUACGAAAGAUCGGAAAACCGCGAUCUGGACGAAUUCUUUAAAUCGACAGAGGGGAAGUUUACACACCCUCUUGUGAAAUCAUGGGUUGAUGAACUUUAUCGCAAGCGUAACGAAGUACGUAGUCGACAAGAAAUACGCGAUGGUCGCUAA